UCAGGCAAGGACCUCGAGAUUGCGAGCGAGAUGGCCACGCUCGAGAGCACCGUUGAGACCUUCAAGAAGGUCACCGGGCUACCGGCCGUCGCAGUUUAUCAGACCGUCGAAGAGUACUGGGCUAACUGGAAGAAUACCGACUAUCCUGUCGCGAGGGAGCGCAAGCGCGGCGAUGGGUCGACAACUUGGAAGCAGAACUUCACAGCGUUCUGGCACCUGUACCGGGACGACGUCAUCAAGCGGGACAUGGCUUGGAUCCGCAAGGUCAACCCUAACGGACAGAAUCUCGAGAAGUGGAUGCGAGAGAACAACUAUAAGGGGGAGCUGGAUCUGACCUUGCUGAAGCAGUGGGAAGACGGAAGUCCCGUUGGUCCUGACAUGGAGCGCAUCGCUGAGACGCUGGGUAAGGUGUAG